AUGUUCAGCACUGUCAGAACAGCGUUACCCAGAAGAGGGCUCAGAGCUCUUCAUCAGGUGCCAAAACUUGCGCAAAACGAGCACUUUUCUGUCAACGGGAUCCAAGGUUUGUACUCCAGCCAAGGUUACACCAAGUCAUGGUUGGACUACCAGAAAUACCUCACAAUUAACCUUUCAUUGCAGACAACAGGGACAGAAAACGAAUUGAGAACCCCUUACCAGAUCCUCCUCCACACAGCUAAGCAAACAACAGAGCAACACACAUACCAUUUCGCCCUGCAGGCCCACAAUAACCAUUUCUGUUUCCAGCAGUUAACUGACAAGUCUUUAGCUUCCAAGACAAGGCCCUCUAGAUAUCUCAUGGAAAGAUUAGCAGACCAGGACUUUGCCACAUUAGAAGAUUUCAGAGAAGAGUUCCUCUUGGCCGCAGACUCAAUGUUAGGACAAGGGUGGGUGUUCCUCGUAGAAAGACCAGACAAGUCAUUGAAGAUUCUCAGAUGUCACAACGAUGGAACUCCAUACUAUUACGGAAAGAACCAAAGUCUUGAUUUAAACGGUGCGGUAGACGAGGCCAGCUUCGAAGUGUUGAACGACUUGAAAGCCAAGGUCAAAGCUGGCGAAAAGGACUUCACUUUGCCAAUCUUGGGGAUAAACUGUUGGGAGUAUGCAUACGUCCAUGACUAUGGUGUAACUGGUAAGGCCGACUACUUGGCCAAUUUCUGGGAUUGCAUCAACUGGGAUGUUGUAAAUAAGAGACUCUUCCAACUUUAG